AUGCAGUUGACCAACCCCUCUCAGGUCCCUGUCUAUACGAUUUCGGGCUCAAACAGUGCCCGGCCACUCCCCGAAUGGCUUGCACGGCGCCGCAAGCGCAGCUUGAAGAAUGAUCCAGAGUAUGCUAAUCGCGUUGAGCUGUUGCAAGACUUUGAGUUUGAGGAGGCCAGUCACUGUAUUCGUGUCAGUGAGGAUGGCGAGUGGGUUAUGAGCACAGGAACUUACAAACCUCAAAUUCACACACAUUAUCUCCCACAACUGUCUCUUUCUUGGGCUCGCCACACAAGUUCCUUGAACACAACGUUCAUUCUACUUUCCUCCGACUACACAAAAUCCCUUCACCUUCAAUCCGAUCGAUCGCUCGAAUUCCACACCCCAGGAGGAUGUCAUUACACCACAAGGCUUCCCAGAUAUGGACGUGACAUCGUUUACGACCGUCAGUCAACCGAGGCACUUGUUCCUGCAGUCGGUGUCAACCAGGAUGGAAUGGGAGAGGUUUACCGACUAAAUCUGGAAUCCGGUCGGUAUAUGCGGAGUUUCGAGGUGGACGUGGGUGGUGAUGAUUUUACAUCUGCUGGUGGCGGAACUCUACAAGGCGGAAUCAACACAGGCUCUGUAAACACAGCUGCUAUCGCAGAGCAGAGUCAUAAUUUGCUAGCUUUUGGUACGUCACUCGGAACUGUUGAGCUUUGGGAUCCCAGAGCCAAGGGACGUGCAGGUGUCUUGCUGCCACCAGUACAGCCUGCCCACGUUGGAUUUGAUGAUGCACGAUCUGAGAUCACAGCAUUGGACUUCAACCGCUCCGGAAUGAGUCUUGGAACUGGCUCAUCCAAUGGACUGAUUCACCUCUACGAUCUGCGCUCGCCUGUGCCAUACCAGGUGAAGGAUCAAGGAUACGGGUUUGCUGUUCACACUUUGCAAUUCCUUGAGCAAUCGACCGCAACCCAAGCCGCCACUAUGGAACCCAAGCUGCUGUCAGCUGAUAAGCGAAUCAUCAAGCUCUGGGAUAUCGAGGACAAGAUGCCCUGGACUUCCGUUGAGCCGGCUGUGGACAUCAAGUCUGUUGCCUGGUGCAAGGACAGCGGAAUGCUUCUCACAGCCAACGAGGGCCGACAGCAGCACUCCUUCUUUGUGCCUCAACUCGGACCUGCGCCCAAAUGGUGUUCAUUCUUGGAUAAUCUGGUUGAGGAGAUGGCUGAGGAUCCCAAUGACCCCAACGCAUUCAAGGCAACUCAGUCAGCUGCCUACCCCGGUUACACCAUGGUGACCAAGGACAUCAUUGAAGGCUGGAAGACGAAGAUGAUUGAGAGCCAUAUUCCUCCCAUUGAUGUCAACUCAUACAUGCAGGAUGGAAAGAUGAUUCUGGAGAACGAAGGGUCUUGGCAGAUGAAGACCUACCUGUAUGAGUACCACCAGAGCCAGUUCGGCCAAGGUGAGAGCACCAGACAGAACAAGGUUGAACAAGCAAUCGAAAAGCAGCGCGAGAGUCGUAUCCGUGGCAAGAAGAAGGUCGAUGUCAAGGUGAACAGGAGAUUGGCGGAGAGAAUGAAGCUUGCAGAGGAAAAGAGGGAACGCAAGCACGCGAAGCGCUUGGUGGAGGGCGGAGGCGAUUCCGAAAUGGUCGAUGCGCCUGCAUCUUCCGAGGGCAAGGAAAAGAGUGCUCUGGGCGACAGCCGUUUCGCUCAGCUCUUCGAGGACCAGGACUUUGCUGUCGACGAGACCUCGCGCGAGUUCCAGCUGCUCAACCCGAGCACAGUCCCCGAAGCUGCAUCCGCACCCGCGAGAAAGGAACGUGGUCUCACCGCAGCCGAACAAGAGGCCAUCGACGAAGUUCCUGGUUCCAGCUCCGACGAUUCCGACUCCGAGAGCGAAAAGGAGAAGCCUGCGAAGACAGCGGCUUCAAAGAAGAUCUCCUCUGCAGACUACAAGCGAACAAAACGUCCCCCUCCUCGCAUGCAAGUAUCAUCUUCAAACCAAGCCAAUUCCACUCGGGAUCGUUCAUUCGGCUCCCGCGCACAAAACAUGAAGUCGAGACAGAAGCCCGCACGCCGCCUCGGUGCCGUCGGCGAGAAAGAAAUCAGCUUCAACCCGGCCGGCAAACCCAAGCGCACUGCCCCCGAAGUCAAGUACGACAAGGAUACUUCGUUCAAGUCGAAGGAGCGCCGCAGUGCUUCUGGCAACGCAUUCCGCAAGAUGUAA